UGGCCGACAUCGAGGAGGAGGGGAAGGGGGCAGCGAGGAGGAGCCGCGGCUUCUGCUUGUUCCUCCCUCUCCUCCUUCCUCCCUGUUUGGGGCUUUUGGGUGGCCCUCCUCCGCCGGAAAAUGGAGCCUUUCCCCAGCGGAGAUCGAAUCCAGUUGCCUAGGAAUAUGAUUGAAAAUAGCAUGUUUGAGGAAGAGCCUGAUGUGGUUGACUUGGCUAAAGAACCUAGUUUGCACCCGUUGGAGCCUGAUGAAGUAGAGUAUGAGCCAAGGAGUUCUCGGCUUCUUGUACGUGGACUUGGGGAUCAUGAAAUGGAUGAGGAUGAAGAUGAUUAUGAAUCAUCAUCGGCUAAACUUCUGGGAAUAUCUUUUAUGAACAGAAGCACUGGCCUACGUACUAACACAGUUGGUUACAGACAGAGUUCUGAUAGAUCAUGUUCUGCACCUUCUGUAAGGACCACAGUGAUUUGUGCUGUUGUUCUUGUGAUUGCUGUCUCAGUAAUAAUGGCAAUCUAUCUUCUUCCUAAAUGUACCUUUACCAAAGAAGGUUGUCAUAAGAAAAACCAUACAACAGAAGAUAUUUAUCCUUUGGCAACAAAUGGAAAGCCCUUUCCAUGGGCACAUUUUAGACUUCCAGUUUCUGUUGUGCCCAUACAUUAUGAUGUUGUCUUGCAGCCAAAUCUUACUACUAUGAUGUUUGCAGGUUCUGUUCAAAUAACUGUGAAAGUUCUUCAAGUUACUUGGCAUAUCAUACUUCAUAGUUCAAAACUUAAUAUUACCAAGGCAACCCUUGCCUCAUUAGGGUCAAGCCAACCCAAACCAGCUGAACUUUUGGAAUAUCCAAUGAAUGACCAGAUUGCAAUUUUGGCUUCAGAGGCUCUUCUUGUAGGCCAAGAGUAUAACAUCAGCAUGGAAUAUUCUUCUAAUUUAUCAGACACGUAUUAUGGCUUGUAUAAAAUCGCCUUUAAAGAGAACAGUUCAACAACAAGUACAGGGGUUCCCAACUUGGGGAUCAAUUGA